AUGAAGAUGUGCUCGCUUGCACCAGCGGUUGCGCUUUCCGCUUCGCGCCGACGAAGCCUUCGUCUUGUGCACGCACAUUCCACGCGCUACCUCGCAGCGUGUUGGUCGGCGCGACGCGGCGCCUGCACCGCUACUCCUGCCACGUCGACGACGCCGUGGACACCAGAGGUGGAUCAUGACACCACCGCUAACAAUUCUUCCUCAACAUCGGCACAGACAUCCGCGUCCGCUUCUUCCGCUGCAGCGCCCCUUGCUCGUCACUUCGUCUACGCGCCGUGUCUGCGCUACACCGCGCCGUGGCGCAGCAAGCGUCUCACCGACUUCUUAUCGUGCCACGACGACGUCGUCACCGCCAUCGCGCACACCUACCGCCACCCAGUGCACAACAUCACCGUCACCCUCAUCCCACUGCGUCACUUCGCCCACCCAGAUUUUUUUCGCCAGGUCGACGACCUCUGCGCGCAGCACGAGUCGGUGCUCAUGGAGGGGCGCACACCGCUGCGCGGGGCGCCGUACUCGACGAUUGUGCCGCCCCGCCCGCGUGUGCCGCCCCCCCGCCCGCCGGAGCACGACGACGACGAGGGCUGGGAGCCGCGGGAGGUGGAGAAGUUCUUCCAGCCAUUUUCGUGGGGGGUGGAGGACUCCCCGUAUCACACCGUCGUGCACGCUGCGGACCGGUACGACUACGAGAGGCUGCCGUGGUGGUGCUCCGUGCGGUUCAACGCGCCGGUGGUCGGCAGCGUGCGGCGCGAGCAGCACUGCCUGAACAUGAUUUACCCCCUUAACGAUAACCUGUACAAGACGUUUGCCAUUCCAUGGGGGGCGGCGCACAUGCCGGUGUUUCAUGAAAUGCUGCUCGACAACGGCUUUGAGAACGUGGGGAUGUGCUCGCUGGUGGUCCUGCAGCGCAUUGACGGCAUCAUCAGUGAGGGCGAGUUCGGCAAGAUGCAGCGAUGGCAACGGGCGCGUGCGAGGCGAAUUUCUUACGUGUACUGCGUGGGGGUGCUUUGCCUUUUUAGCUUUCUGCACUCCUACGUCUCCGUGGAUUACCGAAGAGGGCCGAGCGAGGAGUAG